UUUCACGUUUAUAAUAAUAGGUAUUGUAUUCCCGCUUCUUGUUUAGAGCUAGUGAAGCAAAUAAGUUUGGAAAUAUUAAUUAUUUAUUUGGUUGCUGUUAAUUUACAGUAAGAAAGUUGUUAUGUUGAAAUUGAAUCGUGUAGAAGAACAGAUAAUGGAUGAAGCAAGAUUUGCCGAACAUCAGCAACCAAAAAUUAAUGAAGUGGCACAAAAGUUUUUAAAUGACUUGGAAGAGGAACGUCAACGUUUGGAAGAUUCUUUUCCGCUUUGUAAAUUUUUAAUUGAUGAAGCGUUCGACAAGGUGUAUUCUACAGGUCGCAUUCCUGGUAAAGAAUAUUAUGCUGACGUGUAUAAGCAAAAACCGCUUAAAAUUAGUCAAAAAGUUUUUGUGCCAGUUAAGCAAUAUCCAAAGUUUAACUUCAGUGGAAAAAUUUUGGGUCCAAAAGGAAAUUCUUUAAGGCGCCUGCAGGAAGAGACUCAAUGUAAAAUUGCUAUUAAAGGCCGUAAUUCGAUGCGCGAUCGGAAUAAAGAAGAGGAAUUGCGUAACUCCGGUGAUCCAAGAUUUUCCCAUUUAAAUAGAAAUUUGUUUCUAGAAAUAUCUACUAUUUCGAGCCCUGCAGAAAGUUACGCUCGUAUUGCAUAUGCUCUGGCAGAAAUACGUAAAUAUAUAGUUCCAGAUAAGAAUGAUGAGGUUUCUCAUGAACAAUUUCGAGAACUAAUGGAAAUUGAUCCUCAGUCAAUCAAGCAGUUAAAUGGUGCUCAUCCAUAUGUGAACAAAUCUUUUCUUGAAAAUAAACUAUCAGGCGGGCCUAGUGGUGCACCAAAGUACAUGAAUUUGCUUCGAAAUAUAUCAUAUCAAAUUCACGCUCCUGAAACUGAAGAAGCAGUAGAACCAGUCUAUAAUGCUCGUAUACAAAAUCGCCCAGCUCAGUCAGUUUAUGGUUACUCUAAAGCUAGGGCUUCAGUACCAGCGGGCUUCAAACGUCAACAAGUUGGUCCAUAUACCACCGAUGUAAAACGUUUUCGUGAAACACCUAUAAAAUCUUACAAACCCAAUACCUUUUCAUUUUUAAAUAAAUAUAAUUAAUAACUCAAAUCAAUAUUAUAUAAAGAAUUAUGACAACAAAUUAAUGUUUAAAUAUUUACAUAAAAUUAGUGAAAGCUAUAAUGCCUAAAUAAUCUUAUAAAAAAAAAAUCUAAUAUAAAUUAUAAUUUAACAAUCAAUAAUAAAUGUGAAAGUCGAUUUACAUAUUUCUUAAUAAUAACAAGUUCUAUAUAUCACAAAAACUGAAUGAAUAUUUUAUAAUCUUAUUACACUUUUUUAUACAUUUCUUUAAUUAAUUAGCAGAACAUU